AUGGUAUCCAAAGAUACGAUAGUUUGGUAUGCUAUAGUCACUCAGGAUACGAUAGUUUGGUAUGCUAUAGUCACUCAGGAUACGAUAGUUUGGUAUGCUAUAGUCAUUCAGGAUACGAUAGUUUGGUAUGCUAUAGUCACUCAGGAUACGAUAGUUUGGUAUGCUAUAGUCACUCAGGAUACGAUAGUUUGGUAUGCUAUAGUCAUUCAGGAUACGAUAGUUUGGUAUGCUAUAGUCACUCAGGAUACGAUAGUUUGGUAUGCUAUAGUCAUUCAGGAUACGAUAGUUUGGUAUGCUAUAGUCAUUCAGGAUACGAUAGUUUGGUAUGCUAUAGUCACUCAGGAUACGAUAGUUUGGUAUGCUAUAGUCACUCAGGAUACGAUAGUUUGGUAUGCUAUAGUCAUUCAGGAUACGAUAGUUUGGUAUGCUAUAGUCACUCAGGAUACGAUAGUUUGGUAUGCUAAAGUCACUAGAAAACGGUAA